AUGCUGAUGUUUGAGAGAGAGAGAGAGAGAUUUUUUUUUUUGUGUGAGGAAGAGAAAAUAAAAAUAAUUAAAUUCUAUGCUUCCUUCCUCCCAGCCUCUCCCAGUGUAUCCCAGCCUCUCCCAGUGCACCCCAGCCUCUCCCAGUGCAUCCCAGCCUCUCCCAGUGCAUCCCAGCCUCUCCCUGUGCACCCCAGCCUCUCCCAGUGCAUCCCAGCCUCUCCCAGUCCACCCCAGCCUCUCCCAGUGCAUCCCAGCCUCUCCCAGUGCAUCCCAGCCUCUCCCAGUCCACCCCAGCCUCCCCCAGUCCACUCCAGCCCCCUCUCCACCCUUCACUCACCACCCAUUACUUUCCCACAGAUUGGUGAUGAGUAUUUUACAUUCAUCACCAAGUGCCAGGACCCCAAGGCGUGCACGGUGCUGCUCAGGGGACCCAGCAAGGAUAUCCUGAAUGAGGUAGAGAGGAACCUUCAGGACGCCCUUGGAGUGGCCCGGAACUUGGCCCUGGAGCCCCGUCUGGUCCCUGGGGGCGGCGCGGUGGACAUUGCAGUCUCUAACUCCCUGCAGCAGAAGGCCAAGGGGGUCAGGGGUAAGGCAGUGGCCCUAUUCUGCUCUUGCCCAGGCCCUUGAGGAUGGAGAGCUUAGGAUACCACAUGGAGGGGGGUGAAGGAGCCUUGGGGAUGCCUGAAGGAGGGGCAGUGAAGGAGGGAGGCCUAGAGAUGAAGGAAAUGCAGAAAAUUCCUGCAAUACUGAACGCUUCUCUGGUCAGACUAUCCUUCACUGAAUAUUUGGACCGAGGCUUCGAGACACGACCUGAGCAUCUGUUUUUUUUAGUGUUUUGAGGCAGCUUUAAGUGUUUCUAGGUGUUUUUAGGCUGUUUUAAUGUUGUUUUGAGUAUUUUAGGUUUGUAGAAGGAAGGAGAAAGCUUAAAUACAGUAAUAAGGCCGAAAAAAGGCUUAAAUGGAGAGUUUUAAAGUCAGCCUAGCGGAUAUUAAGCUGUUUUAAGUAUUUUAAGUUACCAGAAGAGAGGAAGCUUAAAUUUAAUACUACGAUAAGGAAAAAGCUUAUUUCUUGCAUUAGGAAGAGAAAAGCUUAAUAUUACUGACGUUUUUUUUAUCAAUUUCUUUCGAUUUUAUAUUCAGUUUAUUUAUUUGUCAUUGUUUUUUAAGAUUAUUUUUUAAUUUUCUUUAUUUUUCGCUCGUUUUCAUAAUAGGAAUUUAAUUUUGGAUGUAUUUUUUUCAUUUUUCUUUUUUUUUUCACUUCUUCGACUUAAUAUCUAGUUUAUUUAUUUAUUAUUACAUCUUGGUGUGUCUAAGUACUUGCAAGGAUCAUUUAUUUAUUUAUUAUUAUUUUUGUUUUAUUUUCCGUUUUUUUUUUUUUUUUUUUUUUUUUUUUUUAUAAUGUAAACU